AUGGCUAUCAUUUCGCAACUACCCCCAGAGCUCCUCGGCUUGACACUCUCGUGCUUGCAAUCUAGCGAUCUCGACCGUCUAUUCAACUUUGUGGACUUGGUCUUUGCUCCACCGUCAGGCAAGUUCCGUUCCAUCCAGCAGAUGGCGUUGUACCAUUACUAUUCACACAAAAAUCUCGUUGUCACCACCAACAAUUCCACCUUCAAAAGAGAUGGGGGGUUGGUGGUCUCGUAUCCCGAGUUGCAGUACUUGGCAAAACACCGCAUCAUGAUCCAGCCCCACGAUAUUACGUUUGUGUUGGACAACAACUUCGACGAGGUGCCGUUGGAGCUCAUCAACUUCAUGAUGAUCCUCAACGAUGCCUCGGUCAUGCACUUCAUCAGUCAGUGCUCCCACAACAUAAAUAUCGAGUUGAAGCUUCAUGUGAAUUCGUCGUUCCAGAACAAUAGCAUGGUUCGGCACAUGUUUGCCAGCUUGGAUAAGAACGGGCUCACCCGGAUUGCGAUCUUGAAGAUCCACUACUAUGGAUGUGCUGGUCACAGUAACCAGUACUUAUACCAAUCCAACUUGUACAAUGCCAGUAUGAAUCGGUUUUCUGCCGACCCCAGGGUAGUGGCAAUACAGAAGGACCCCAGAUUACUACUCAAGUAUGUGCAAGAAUGCGACCAUGGACAUAACUUUACCUAUUCCCAGUUCUGCCCAAGCUGCAUAAGUAUCCAGAUCAGUAGCCUUGUUCUUCAGAACUUUGAUGUCAAUAAGUUGAACAGCUACUUUUCUGCCAAUACCCUUAAUUUUUGUCAGCUCAAGAGAUUGGAUUUAUCGUAUAAUGGUCUUGUCGACUUGAGGUCCAUCAAAUUUCCUUCGAGCUUGACCCAUUUGAACCUCUCCAACAAUAACCUCAUUAAUCUAAACUCCUCAAAUUUUAAUUUAAAGGAUUUGAAAAACCUCGAGGAAUUGAACUUAUCCAACAACAAUCUCAUCAACAUCGAUUUCAGAGAAUUACAAGGUUGCCCCACUUAUAAGAUCAAGAAAUUGCAAUUAAAUUGCAACAGUUUGGUGGAUUUGAGCUUCUUAAGGGCUUCGCCAUUUGUUAAUGUUAUAGACCUUGACCUAUCCAGAAAUUUGAUUUCCAAACUCCAGAAGUUUCCCUCUAAGAUCGUAAAAUUGGACUUGUCUGGGAACUACAUUGCUGAUUUUUUCAAUCAGUUGGAUGCAAGUGUGUUCCCCAGCAGUUUGAACGAGUUGAAUAUUUCUGGGUGCAAGAUAAACUGCAGCAACUGCGACUUUACCCCAGAGCUUGGUCACUGUAUGAGCUCGUGGAUAUCUGAGGUGGCACAACUUUUUAAAAUCAAAUCUUUGUGCGCAAGUGCUGACGACUUGAGGCAGGGUGAUUUCAUUGCUGUUGAUAACGGUAUCGCAGUGUGA